CCCAGCUUUGCCUUAGGACAAUUGAGGGACUCAUGCGCAUCUAUUAUCACAAAAGGCUGCAAGCAGUCACUGAAGCUCGAUGAGGCAGCACACAAGAUUCAGAAGCAAAGAAAGAUCUAGACUGGUUUUACACACUGCCUGAGGACCUACAGUUCAGGCUUCACACUGCUUUCGAAAAUUGAGCAAUUCACAAUAAGUUAGAUGCCAAGUGCCUCCCAAUUCACCAUGACAAACACCACCAGAGAACAAAAAACUGCUUCAUGUCUCCUGGUGACCAAACUUCCCUACCAGCGAUUGGUCAGCAAGGAUGGCCGGAGCUUGAUGCGUGGCCAAGCACAGGGGCACAGAGAGACGUGGAUGCGCGCCCUGCGGGACAUGUGGGGGACUUGGCUAGGGCUGCGAUGGAGAUGGGUGGUGUUGGCAUUUUGCAGCUCUUUCCUGCUUCACUGGUUGCUGUUUGCAGUGCUGUGGUACCUGCUCGCCCUUGUCAACGGAGACCUGGACGUACUCGACCAUGACAACCCACCGCCCGGGCACGUGCUGUGCGUAAAACACGUGAACGGAUUCACAGCUGCCUUUUCUUUCGCCCUGGAGACGCAGUUGACCAUCGGAUAUGGCACGAUGUACCCCAACGCUGACUGCCCCGUGGGCAUUGCAUUACUCGCUCUGCAGAUGCUGCUGGGUCUCAUGUUGGAAACCUUCAUUACUGGUGCAUUUGUGGCAAAAUUUUCUCGACCUCAGAAGCGCUGCGUCGGGAUCCUGUUCAGUCCGCAGGCUGUAGUGUGUGAGGUCAAAGGUCAACGUUGCUUGAUGUUUCGUGUGUGCAACCAGCUGCCAAUGCCACUGGUGGACGUAAGCGUGAGUGCCAUUCUGUACGAAGAACGUGACGAUUGCACGCUCCACCAAACCGCCCUGGAGUUCACCACAGAUAACCUGGGGUCACGUCCUUGCCCCCUUUUCCUAUCACCUCUGACCUAUUUUCACCCCCUGACCCCGUCCAGUCCCCUACACGACAUUAUUCGAUCAGCCAGCCAAUCGCGUUUUGAAUUAGUGGUGUUCCUUUCCGCCUCUCAGGAAAGCACAGGCUCCGGAUACCAUAAGAGGACAUCAUACCUACCCGAGGAGAUCCAGUACGGCCGUUGCUUUGUCAAGGCGACACCUAUGCACGGAAAAGGCCGGAGCAAGAAGGAAAAACUGGAUUAUUUCGAGACCCAGCCGGAGCUGGAGAAAGAAUAUGUAGCGGUGCAGAUUAACGGAGAAGGCAACGAGCAACGUGUUGAAUAGGAAUGUUUGUUUGUGUACGUGUGUAUAGUUUUGUGAGUUUGUAUGAAUGGGUGUGCCAUGACUACAGAUCUUGUCCGUUCAUAAUAAGGGCAUUUCAUUUCACAUCAACAACCUCUGAUUUCUGACUAUUUGUCAAAAAAUGCAGCUUUAGUUAGAUGUAGUUUGUUAUGUUGCUUUAGUCAGAUACACGACCAGACCAAUGUCUUUGCUGCUAUGGACACUAGGAUUCACAUUUGCGAUUUCUACUGAAAUGGAGACACACAGUGACAUUGUUGAGAUGUUUUUUUGCCAGUACUGAUGGGAACAGAUAUUUGAUUUGCACUCCCUGAUGUUUGAUCAUGAGAACCUCAGACUUCACUUUAAAAGUGACCCCACAAACCAUUCUGUUUGAACCUCAUAUUGUUUUUAUGUGUUCACUACAGGGCUCCAGAUACAUUUCACUCCACCUUGUCAAGUUAAUCACCUGGGUCAAUUUUUGGCCCAAUAUAUGCUCUGUACUGUAGGCUAUUUCUUAUAGAUAAAACACAAAUCCUAUCAGGAUUGUUCCCCUGAAAAUUUAAAUGAAAUUUAAAUUUUGUGAAUACAAAAGGAGAUAUUUAGCAUAACGUUUUCUAUAGAAUAGAAGUGAAAUGUCACUUAUUAUUUUCCUACCAGUUGUUAUUCACUACCAUGUACAAUUUUGGAUAAACAGUGCCUUUAAAAACACUCCUAACAAGUGCCUGAGGACAAAACUAUUUUUAACAAUUUAGACUUUUGUUUGAACGGUCACGUACUGAACAGGGACAACGAUUAUGUAACUAUUUGUAAAUAUAUUAGGUUAUGUACCGAGGAAGAAAUCUUAAUAUUAUCAGUGCAAUAUGCAAUCUAUGCAAGAAAAAAUAAAAUAGAGAGAAUCAGCACAAUUUUAUGGGUAGCACAACACUGUAUGAUCUUUUGAUGAUUAUGUAGCACAUGUACUGUCAAUCAGAAAUAAAACCUGAUUGCUUUCACUUUAUAAUAUUAUGUGUAAACAUUAAUGAUUGAAACUUUUGAAGACUGAAAGUGAAUUGUGUGGAAAGUUUUCUGCAUAUAAGCUACUAAUCAUUUCAUCACAUUGGAUUGAAAAGAAAUGCCUUUAUUUUGGUAUGUGAAGCACGAAAACUAUUAAAAUUUAUGAAAAU